CUUUAGUGACGUCACCGGCAGCCGCCAUCUUGGAUCAAGCUGUUUGUAGCCACCGCCGCUAACAGGCAGACAAACGGAGGAGCGGGGAGAAACCGUGCAGUGCGCGGCCUCAUGAGCUCGGCCCGGGGCGGCAGAUAGCCCUUCCCUACUUAUAGUGUGUUGUUGCCUCAGCUGUUUCCUCCCGACAUGACGUCCCUGACGCAGCGCAGCUCCGGGCUCGUACAGCGCCGAACCGAGGCCUCCCGAAACGACAGAGAGAAGGCGACUGAGGGGGAGGAAGAGGAGAGGGAGCGGGGUGGGCAGGAGGAGGACGAGAGGGCAGGGGACAAGGAGGCCAGGCUCACCCUCAUGGAGGAGGUGCUACUGCUGGGCCUGAAGGACAGAGAGGGGUACACAUCCUUUUGGAAUGAUUGCAUCUCUGCAGGCUUACGAGGCUGUAUGCUUAUUGAGCUGGCAUUUAGGGGAAGGAUCUCUCUGGAAUCUGGUGGUAUGCGGCGCAAAAGUCUACUUGCACGAAAGGUUAUCUUCAAAUCUGAUGCCCCAACGGGUGAUGUUAUGCUCGAUGAAGCCUUAAAACAUAUCAAGGAAACCCCAACCCCAGAAACAGUGCAAAGCUGGAUUGAGCUUCUCAGUGGUGAAACGUGGAAUCCACUAAAGCUGCACUUCCAGCUAAGAAACGUGCGUGAGCGCCUAGCUAAAAAUCUGGUGGAAAAGGGGGUGUUAACCACGGAGAAACAAAACUUUCUGCUCUUUGACAUGACGACGCACCCCCUGACAAACAAUAACAUCAAGCAGCGUUUAAUCAAGAAGGUACAAGAAGCCGUUCUGGACAAGUGGGUGAAAGACCCUCAUCGCAUGGACAAACGCUUGUUGGCUCUCAUCUACCUGGCCCACUCUGCUGACGUCAUUGAGAACGCAUUUGCCCCGCUCCUGGACGAUCAGUACGACCUGGCCAUGAAAAGAGUGCGGCAGCUGCUGGAUCUGGACCCGGAAGUGGAGAGUACGAAGCCAAACGCUAAUGAGAUCCUCUGGGCUGUCGUGGCCACAUUCACAAAAUAAAAACGGACUAAUACGAGUGCUCGUUGUAUGUAAAAACCAGUUUGUCUCUGCUCGACAUUUACAGUCGUUUUUAUCUUUGCUUUAUUUUUGAGUCUGCUGAUGUUGUUCUGUGGGAUUCUACCAACUCCAGGCACUACCUUGUGGAGAAAUAGCGAGAGAGAAGUUCUGCCAUAUUGGCAUUCCACUGCUUAAAACUCUUAUCCGUGAAUAAAACUCACUUUUCUUUA